AUGUCAAACUCCUUUAGCCGUGUUAGAGAUGAACCAACUAAGUCUGAGAAUGGUUAUCUGACAGAUGACGAUGAUGUAUUAUACUUCUCUACUUCUGAGCGAUUGGAACCAACGAAGCAGAUUGUUGACGAAGAUCCGCAUGGCGAUGAAGGUCAAAGUUCGGAAGUUGUUGGUCAAAAUCCUUUGAAUGAUUCCAUGCAGAAAUCAAAGCCAUUCAACUUUACGUCAACUCCAAUAUCAGCAGCUGCUCAAUCUGGACCAACAUUGUCAGAUUCACUAGCCUCGCUCACGCUGGAUGAAGGCUCUCCCUAUGGAGCCGCUGCAGAUCGGAGUCGAUCAUUCAUCGGAAGAAAUGAUUCACCAGAGCCCCUGUCUCCGUUCACUUCCCGAAUAGCUGCUGAUCCAUCUUCAAAAGGAAAGCUGCGUGACCGGUUACUGCGAAAAGCGCUCUCGAAAUCGCGGGGCGAUGCGGUUCCUCAGCGCGUUCUUCCGUUUUCAAAACCAGAGAAGUCAACAGAUGUCGCAAAACAUGUAAGCGAAUUACCAGAAGACGAGAUGGUAGAAGAGUCCGUCGUUACCACGGAGCAGUCGCCUGAGCCCGAUGAUGUUAUCGUUCUUAACGAGAGUGAAAACAUUGGUAGAAUAGCUGAAACCGAAAUGAAGUCCCGUUCACGGAAUUAUGCAGAUUUUGAUGUCAUCACGAUUGAAUCCUCCUCUGAUGAGGACAAAGAAGAAGAUGAUAUCGUUGAUCUGGAAACUUCUACCGAGAAAAGACCAGAGAAAGAGAAAUCGCACUCGCCGAAGGAUGUGAAGGCCAUCAGAACGGUUUCUAAGUUUUCCCAUGACACUACUGGAGUCCUUGAGGACAAGCUUGCUAAUCUAAAUGAUCAGGAAGGAGAUAUGUGUUUUACGGACAUUAUGUUGUUCAUACCGGUUAUUUUCACUUCUGUGACUUUUCAAAGGCCCAAAAAAGUGGAAGAAGUGGUAGUUGUGGCUGACCAGAAGCAGCAGCGUCCUUCCUUUCCUAUUUUCAGUGAACGCCGUCCACUUCCUCCGGAGAUAAUCGAUGUAGUGGAUCCGCAGCCUCCUCUUCACCGUUUCAAACGUGACAAGGCAUUGCAGGAGUUGCAUAAAGCUCUCAUAUCUCAGCCACCUGCGCAACAGCUCACUGAGGCUCCAGAAGGGCUUACCGUCCCUUUGAAGGAACACCAGAUGUCUGGGCUAACUUGGAUGAAGUGGCGGGAGUCGUUAGCACCCGGAGGUGGAAUUCUAGCUUCACAAGUUUUGACGUCUGUUGGUGAUUGCCUGGAGCGAUCGUUUGUCGUAUCAGCUCGGGGAUCAAAAGAGAGACAGCUCUUGAUACUACAUAGUGGAAUCUGCUUUUCUAGUACUACUGAGGAGAUGUUCGGCGAGCCGGUGAUAUUCCUCAUCGAUGUUGUCGAUGACGGAAUGUUCCACGAAACUCGCUGUGGUCCCAAAUGA